AUGAUCAGAAGAUUGGCAGGUGCAGGUGCUGGUGUUGGCUCUAAUAAACAAUGGUUGAGGCGACAACAAUCCUUGAGAUAUGGUGGACGUAGAUAUACCCAAUAUAGCUCAAACUAUGGUAAUCAACAAUAUGCAGGCUAUAUGGCACCCAAACCAUCGUUAGCCAAAAAACUAGGUUACACGGCUUUGGGACUCGCCUGUAUGACAGCUUAUGCAUAUUAUAUGUGGUGGCCAAAGCACACUUUCCCCAAAUCUGUGGCUAAAAUUUUGAGAAAGGGGUUAUGGGCAGAAAGUGAUCGAGGUGAGUAUGACUACCAAUUGGCACUCAAGUAUUAUCUUGAAGCUUUGGAACAUUGUAAGGAAAUCGGAAUCGACCCACUAAGUGACGAAUAUACUGGAAUACAAUUGAAAAUUGGUGAAAUGUUUGAAAGAUUAAAUAUGCUAAGUGAUGCUGCUUUUGUAUACAAUGAAAUCGCAACUCUAUAUCUCAGUGUGCUCGCUCCAAAACCAGAUGCAAGUAAAAAGUCUGAAAAGACAAGAAUCAAGAAUAGAGAACAUAGACGACAUUUAAUCCAAAAGGAUUUACGGAUUGCUAUUAAGCUAGUUGAAUUGAACAAAGCAAAUCCUCAACUAUGUAAAGCAAUCUUGGUGACUCAUAUAGUUAUUGCCCAAGAUGAAGUGAAUAAACUUCUUGAUAAUCGGAAUGAACUCAGUUUAAUCACUAAAGGAAGAGGAGGAGGAGGAGGAGGAGGAGGAGAUAAUGAAAGCCAAAAAAACUUUACCGCAAUGCUCGAUAAUGAUGCCAUAUUAAUUAAUGAUGAUGAGGGACAAGAAGUUGCUCGAAUCAAAAAGAGACCUGAGGUGUGGGAACCAUUUACCGAUGAAUUUUUCAACGCCAUGGAUCUAUUAAGUGCCAUAUGCAUUUCAACGGGCGAUCUUGCAAUGGCGUCAAAAGUCAAGAUUGUGAUGACGGAGGAUAUGUUACUAGCUGACGUUGAACCAAGCAAAAUGCUUUUGUCGCAAUGUAAUUUGGGUUCUUUGUUAUACAUGCAAGCAGAAGAAUUAGAAGCAAGGGAAAUUGCAAUGAAGAGAAAUUUUUCUGAAGUUGCUGGAGUUGAAUAUGAAGCAAUCAAAAAUAAUCAAGAUAUAGUUAAAGAUGAGGAAUUACAAACGAUCUUGAAGGAAAAAGUGCCUUUACAAGAUCAAGAAGCUUAUGAUAGAGUAACAACCACAAAAAACACGUGUUUCAAUUUAGCCAUUAAAUCGUACGAAUCAGUUUUACAAUUUGCCAAGUCGAUACCACAAGAGAUUGUCAAAGAACAUAAUGAGAUUAAAGAAACCGUGGCAUUGGCCACUUAUGGACUAGGGGUGAUUAAUUUGCACUUGUCCAAAUAUGACAAAGCAGAGAGAUUACUUAGGGAAUCUCGCGUGAGAUCAAAAGCUUGUGAUUAUAAAUACCUCAUUCCUGAAAUUGAAAGGGAAUUGAAUAAAUUGUUUCAAGAAAGGAAAAAUGUUGAACUGGGUCAACCAGUUAGUAAAGACAAUGUCAAAGAUAUAGAGAUGGACAUUCAUAUAACGUAA